GGUCGUAUUUUUCAUGUGGCCAACCCGGGUUCACUAACUAUAGUUGGAUUGGAUUGGGUUCGACCUGACGAAACAAAGGGGGUUAGGUCAGGCAAAGGGGGCAACUAGAGAUUUUGAUUAUCUUCAAUCGCUGAGUCUACUCAAUUCAAUGGAUGAAAAGAUAUUUUCCGAAUUGGAGGAGAAAAUUGUAAAGAGCCUUGGCAAGAAAGAUGAGGCAGUUUACAAUGAAUACCAAAAAAAUGUUAAAAAUUAUAUUUUUAUUGAUACUGAUUUGUUUGUAUCGUUAUCAAAAGUAUUAAUGUUGAUUUACGGGGACCCAGUAUCUGUGACUCGUCCAUCCGGACGUGUGGAUAUGAAUGCUCCUGUUAUUGAUGGAAUGUACCCCCUCCACCUUGCUGUUCUGACAUCCUCCCAACUACUAGUUCGUAGAUUAAUUGGAUUAGAUGGAGCUAGGCUCGAUGUCAAGUGCUGUGGUGAUCCCAAUUCACCGUUUUACGGCCUCACUCCAUUAGAGAUGGCACUCCAAGUACUGAGGAGAAAUCUUAUUCCUUGGACUCCUCAAGUGUCUGUACAUGAGCUGCUUUCCAUGUUUCAUGGCAACGCGAAAGUGAAAUCACUCAUGGAGAACAUUUCUCUUCUUGCAUAUAUUACCCCGCGGAUUCGUCAUCUCGUUACGGAGUAUUCACUUCAGGGGAAGGUUGUUGAGCUUGCUGCUUUGCUAAAGUUGGGAUCUUCGCAUCCCAUUGACUACACUAUUAUGUAUGUACCUUCUGCCGACAUACCUCCCGAGCUUCAUUUUGGGGUCCCCAUGAUGUUACGCCUGCUUGUUGCUACUAGAUCUGCCUCACUCAUUAAAGAGUGCAUUCAGUUAUCUGCUGGUUCGAAUCCCGAGGAAUAUGAGAACUGCAAAAUAAAGCUCAAGGAAAUGGAUUUUAUCGGGGCUUUAUUGGAGUCUGCAAGGAGGGGUGAUCUGAAUAGAUUUGAUAAGGAACAACAGUCAACUGUCAACAUCGAACUUACUGAUGAUAUGUUGGUCGGCUCACAAGAUGAAUCCAAGGUUAACACAGUAGCACCUUGGUACCUGAAAAACAGCUUGUUCUACAUGGACUCAUCAAAAUUUCAGGCUCCUGGGAUUUUUAACACAAUGAUGCCUCGUGGAUAUGAGGAUAAGAUGGAAUAUUAUGAUGGCUUUGAUAUCAGAAGUUGCAAUGCUCUAGCAGAGACAAUCUUCAGAGUACUUGAUGGGAAAAAAGUGGAGGAACUCACUUUACGAGAUGCUAGCGAUUUCCGGGACGAGUUGGAGGAUUUUCUUAAAAACAAGUUCAAGGAGGCUGUGGUUUUAACGGCUUUAGAAGAGAAAGCACUUGAAAAAGAAGCCGAGAAGCAGGGGUUCAUUUCGGGGUCGAGUUCGCCUGGUAGUGUUACACCUGUUUUAAAACCUGGUCAUUUUUAUUAUCCUCUAAACAAGGCGUACGAGCGUUUGGAUGUCAAAAGAAUUUCAACCUCUGUAUUCUCUGCUUUAAAGAAAGGAAAGACAUAGAUGCCUCAUUUAACCCAUGCCGAAUUUGAUAUGUAUCCUAUGUUAUGUUUUUCGUUAAUCAAGUCCCGGGGUAAGACCUAAUGAAUUGAAUGCCAUGAUGAAGAUUGAUUUGGGGAGGAAUUUGUUGAGCACGUUUAAAUUUCUGUAACGGUUUUUGGAUUUUUGUCCAUCUCCGGUAUAAAUUAAGUUACUCUUAUUAUUACUAUUCAA